UCAGCCUGUCCGCCGUGCAUUGGUGGACAAAUCCCUGGAUGCCAGCAGCACUGUGCGCCGGAUGGCAGUGAGGGGCCUGGGCAAUCUGGCCAGUGGAGCACCUGAGAAGCUGAGAAAGCACAAGAAGGCCAUUCUGAAGGCGUUAAUGAGGGCCAUCAAGGACGUCACCUCUUCUGAGAUCGUGGGCGAGAGUUUGUCAGCUCUGGCGAAAGUGGUGGCAGAGCUGGGAGAGAAGGACAUUGGAGUCACCUUUAAAGAAAUCGCCCUUUAUACCAAGACUUUCUUUGAUGUCGACGAGGCAGUCCUUCGUUCCUCAGCCUUCACCUUGUAUGGAGUCCUGGCCUCCUCUGCCAAGAGGAAAUGGAAAUCUUUUCUCGGCAAAGAAAUUACAACUUCUACGUGGACCAGAAUUAUGCUCCAUCUUCAGGACCCAGAUCCAGAAGUUUGCAAUGCCUGUCGAAGCACUUUCCUGCUCUGCACUCCAUUCCUGGGCCUGCAGAAGCUGCAAACCCAAGUUGCUCUGAACACCGAGAAGAGUGCAGAAGAGCUCCAGGAAGCUGUCUGCAGUCACCUGGCCAGAGACAUGCCAGAGCUUCUGGAAAGCGUCUAUGGCACCCUCCAGACCUACUUCUGGAGCUCGUGUUGGGGGAUGCGGACUGCAGCCAUCCGAUUAGCUGGUGUUAUCCUGGAAAACGCAGACAGCCAGUGGCUGAGAGAGCACAGUACGAGUUUUCUGAGCACAGCUCUCCACUUGUUCCACGGAGACGAGCAUCCCAGUGUGCAGCAGGCAGCAGCUCAAGUCCUCAGAGACAACUGGGUGGAGCUCAGGAAUCUUCGGAGCAACUAGGAGGUCCUCCGAAAACAUCUUUGAGUGCAGAAAGUGAGCAGCGGGAAGGCAAGACAGGCAAGGAAGGAGCAGGCAGUCCACAGAGUGUUACCACGGAGCCAGUGCGAUCAGCUGACUGAAAUAAAGCGUUGCCUAUUGAACAGAAGUCCACGAGGUGCUUCCUUGGGGUGGAGGGCCUCUGGACAAGCCACUGGCCAAAGCAGGGCUGUUGUGUGCGUGGCCCAGCUGUGCUGGCAGUGUGCUUGA